AUGUCUAAGCCACCAGCGGCCACCGUGCCUCCAAAGAGCAUUCCCGCAGCUGACGUUGAUGGGGGAUCUAUCCGCACUAACAAUCGAGAAGCCGUCACUAUCAAUGACCUGGGCAACCUCAAAGAAGACAAAGGUGGUCUUAUAUUGCAGGCAGCCAAGGCGAAAGACCUUGCAAAAAUCAAGGCAGAACUAGAAGCGGGUUCGAAUAUAAACCAGGCUCACACGGAUGGUGACUUGGUAUGUAUCGUGUAAAUGGGGUUGCUAGCUGGUUGAUUUUUGGGCGCACGAAAAACAUAGUAAAC